AUGGAGGAGAUCGGUAUCGCUUCGCUGAAGCGCUCCGAGCCCACGCUCGAGGAUGCAGCUGCCGAAAAGGCGGCCAUCCGCCAGGAGAUGGCAGCGGAGGAGGACAUAUAUCUUCGCUUCAAGAAGCUGCAGCAGCACCUCGAAUUCCUCAACACCAUGGAAGACUAUGUCAAGGAUGAACAGAGAAACCUCAAGCGCGAGCUUGUAAGAGCGCAAGAGGAGGUCAAGCGCAUCCAGUCGGUUCCUCUCGUUAUCGGCCAAUUCCUCGAGCCCAUCGACCAGCACACGGGCAUUGUCGGAUCCACCACCGGAUCCAAUUACGUCGUCCGCAUUCUCUCCACAAUCGACCGUGAGCUGCUCAAGGCCAGCUCGAGUGUCGCAUUGCAUCGCCACUCGAACGCACUGGUAGACGUGCUCCCACCAGAGGCCGACUCGUCGAUCGCCAUGCUGGGACAGGAUGAGAAGCCAACAGAGACGUACCAGGAUAUUGGUGGUAUGGACAUCCAGAAGCAGGAGAUUCGAGAAGCUGUGGAGCUCCCGUUGGUGCAGUUCGACCUGUACCGUCAAAUCGGUAUCGACCCACCGCGUGGUGUGCUGCUCUACGGUCCCCCCGGUACAGGGAAGACGAUGCUGGUCAAGGCCGUGGCCAACGCGACGACCGCCAGCUUCAUUCGCGUCGUCGGCUCUGAAUUCGUGCAAAAGUACCUCGGUGAAGGACCAAGGAUGGUGCGUGACGUCUUCCGACUUGCGCGCGAAAACGCACCUGCCAUCAUCUUCAUCGACGAGAUCGACGCCAUCGCCACCAAGCGUUUCGACGCGCAGACGGGUGCGGAUCGUGAAGUGCAACGUAUCUUGCUGGAAUUGCUCAACCAGAUGGACGGCUUCGACCAGGGAAGCAACGUCAAGGUCAUCAUGGCCACCAACCGAGCCGACACGCUCGACCCAGCAUUGCUGCGACCCGGUCGUCUGGAUCGAAAGAUCGAAUUCCCCACGCCAUCACGUCGUGAGAAGCGUCUAAUCUUCCAGACCAUCUGCGGCAAGAUGAACUUGAGUCCGGAGGUGGAUCUUGAAGACUACGUGGGACGUCCUGACAAGCUGUCGAGUGCCGAGAUUGCCAGCAUCUGCCAAGCAGCGGGAUUGCAGGCGGUGCGCAAGAACCGCUAUGUCAUCAUGCCCGAGGACUUUGAGGAGGCGUGGAAGCAGAUUGUCAAGAAGCCGGACGAUUCCAAGAUGGAGUUCUACCAGUAG